AUCGCAGUUAUGCACGUGCGGGCUUAUAUAGCGCUUCAUGUCUCCGUGGUGGUUGCCCUUCACUGCCGUCUGGUCUGGGUCGUUCAAUGCACCAUCGUUUUCAAUACAUCUCUGUUCAACUACCUUCACGAUCGUAACCUGGAGCUCAGAAUUGGCUACUCGUCGUCAACCAAAUCAUACACUGAUGAUCGCCUUGGGACUAUCUGCGACGCUGGCGGACACUGUAACAACUGUCCGCCGACCACGGAUCGACGCCGGCGACUUCCCACUGUCAGAGGAGAUUUGGCCCCCAUAGACCGUGUUGAUCCAAGUUCGAUGCAAACUUGACCUAACACUUCUACAACUUUGACUGAUACAUGAAACAAGAUUGAGUGUGCAACGCAAGAUGAAGCCGAUUCUGGAGAUUCUCACCUCGCCUGGCGCAAAGGGAGCGAUUGAGGGGACAGCACCGACGCAAUACAUAGAGCCUCUGUCCAAGAGCUCGAGUGAGAAAGACGAUGGAGAGGUCAAAGUGGCAGUGGAGGCCGUGAACUCCAAUGUCACUGGCUAUGUUGCCAGAGUCCAUGAACGAGCCCUGGACCGUGGGCUUGACUGGCUCGUCCGGACGUCUGGCUCCGAGCCCGUGUUCUUAUGCAUCGUACUCGGACUCCUCACAUGGGCUUUCUUAGGCAUUCCCUACGGGCACACCACCGACUGGGCAGUCCUGAUCUCGGAUGUACAGGCCAUCAUCAGCUACCUCUUCGACUCACUCCUGAUGCGACAGCAGCUCAACUCGUACGAGUCUUCCCUGCGUGUCUCCGCCAGUCUGAGGUCUCGCAACAUCAGCAACCGCAGGAUGUUGCGAGACAUUCAAGACCAGGGGCGGUACCGAUACGUCCCGCCGGCGGAUAGCAAGGAGGUCAGCCAGACUCAUUUUGCGGCCGAACUUCCGACCGAGAGCUGGGUUGGCCGGGUGAGCACGCUUGCUGCGUUUGGGUUCGGCCACAUCGUGACUGUCGGUCUGUACUGGGCAUGCAUUCUGGUCUGGAUCGGCUUCGGUCACUCCGAAGGCUGGAGCGACACUUGGCAGCUCUACAUCAACUCGGCAACGUCGGCGCUCAUGGUUCUCAUCUUUGCGUUCCUGGCCAACAUCCGCGAACGGCACAACGCAUACAUCUCCCAGUGCUUGCAGUGCAUCUUCGAGGUGGACUCGGCCAUCGAAUCCAAGCUGCGGGUCAUGACCGGCGACAACAACCCCAACGAGGUGGUCGUAGUCCCCGCGCCCAAGAUGAGCAGGAUCCAGCGCGCCAUCUUCUACUACGCAGACCUCGUCGGCACGCUGACCGGCAUUGCGAUCCUCAUCAUCGUCAUGGCGGUGUGGAUCGCCAUCGGGCCGGCCAUGCACUUCAACGACAACUGGUGGCUGCUGAUCGGCACGUACGCGGGUCUCGUUGGCCUCAACGACGGCUUCGUCCUGCGCAACGUCCAGAGCAAGUUCGACGACUACGAGGUCUCCGCUUUCAACGAGGUUGACCUCGCCGACAAGGCCAUAUUCGAGGAUAUCGGACAGCCCGACCCGGCGGUGCCGUACGUCCCGAAGCAGACGGUGACCUACCGGCUGUCCAUGCGCAUGGGCACGGUCUGCGCACACGAGGUGACCGUCAUCAUGGGUGUCGUCCUCAUCAUCGGCCUCCUAGCCGGUGCGAGCGCCAUGAGGUGGACGACCACGGGCCAGCUGCUCUGCAAUAUCCCGCCCAGCAUCGUCGAGUCCUUCUUCAUGAUGAUCCUCAUCACGGGACACAACCUCUCAGAGCGCAAGCGGCGGGAAGAUUACAAUAACCUGUAUCAGAGGCGCUUGGACCUGCACGACUAUGUCAGCCGUCUGAAGGCGUAA